UCCUCUUUUUCUCUCAGCUCCAAUUACAGGAAGAAUGAAGAGAAAGAAAGCGCCCAAAAGGCCUAAGAAGAACAUAAUUGAGAGAGAGAGAGAGACUUUUGUCUUAGCCAAAAAGAUGCAAUUAAACUAAUGAAUUGGAAGCUGAGUUAGUAGUAAUAUUUAUAUAAGAGAGAGACUCAACCUCAUCUCCCAUUUUUCCACACUUUCACACAGCACAAACAAAAAGCUCUCUUCACCACGAAUUUUCCAACACACUCGCCCCUCCGCGCGCGUGCUCUUCAACGACAUCAUCGUCUUCUUAGGACCUGUCUCAGAUUCUUUAUAGAGGAUUAGUGCUGCUAAUCAUUGAAUCAUUUCAAAAUUGAAAUGAUUUGAUAGGGAAUAUGAUUGGCAGCUUCAACCAGACUGAUUCAAUGGAGUGCUGUGAAGCUGGAAUAGAGAAAGUUGAUUCCCAGGAAUCUGGUCCUGUCUUGAAGAAGUCAAAGACCGAAACCUUGGCUUCUCAAGAUGUAGAUAAUUGUGAAAUGGCAGAAGGUGAGGACAGACUUAGCGACAUGCCGGAUUGUCUUAUCCAUCAUAUUUUGUCAUUCAUGGAAACAAAAGAUGCUAUUCAAACUUGUGUUUUAUCGAAGAGGUGGAGGUAUCUUUGGGCUUCAGUUCCCUGCCUGAACUUUACCAGCAAACCAUUCCUGCGGUUGGUUGAUUUCAAGAAGUUUGUGCUGUGGGUCCUAAACCAUCGUGAAGUUUCUCAUGUCAAAGUUCUUAUUUACUAUCGAUUUGGGGUGGAUUAUGCGACGGAUCAAAAUUUAUUGAAUAAGGUUAUUGAGUAUGCAACAUGUCAUGGGGUUGAAGAAAUCAAAAUCAAUCUACGGGCAAAAACAUCUGGCAGUCCUCCUGUUGAAAUUCCUUUGGCUCUAUUUACUUGCCCAUCUUUGAAAAAGCUUGAGUUAAAAGAUUGUCAUCCGACAAAUGUGUCAUCCCCUAUAGGUUGCAAAUCAUUGGACAUGUUGCAUCUGGAACAGUUUCCAAUGUAUCCUGUUACAUCUGACUUUUCAAAUCCAUUUGCAAGUUUGGCAGAACUUUUUGGUUUUACUACAUUGACAACUUUGCAUCUCAAUAGCUUCACUCUGUGUUAUACAGGAUUUGACUGUCUGGAUCCAUUUGCUAAUUGUGUCCAUUUGAAGACUUUGCACUUAAGUGAAAUGUCCUUUAAGUCAGAUUUGAACCCUAAAGAUUUUGUGAUAUCUGCCCCUAAACUCAGUAACUUGAAUCUAGUGUGCAACCGCUUCAAAUGCAAGAUUGUAGUUGCUGCACCACAGCUUUCCAAUUUUACUUACUUGUAUUCUACACCUUGUGCCUUCUUUGAGUUUUGUCUUCCUUCUUAUGAUGGCUUAAUCAUUGAUAUCCAUGAACCACACGAUCGAGUGGAAAAAUGUCGUCCAAGGAAAAUAGAGGAGACUUUACAUGGUUUGAUCAGUAUGUCACGGGGAUGUCAUAGUGCAGAAGCUGUUAAACUAUCCUUCUGUACAGUAAAGGUUACUUGUGGACAUGCAACCCUGUUAAAGCCAGAACGUUCGUCUUCUAGUAAAUUGAAGUCAUUGAACUUUGGAGUGGGAUCAACAUAUAAAAUCUUCAUCAACAACCUUGACCAUAUAACUGCCUACUUCCGCAAUUGUUCUCAGCAUGCAGACUUCGAGAUUAUGACUGUCUAAAAGGAUGAACUGCAGGUUUCAGUUCCAUCAGCUGUGAGAGACAAAGAGAGUGGCAAGGAGGUGCUUGAAGUGGUUGUUGGAAUGAGCUUUUAGAGACAGGUGGCUGUAAUAAGGCAAAAAAGUUAGGACCUUCUGAUAGGUAGUCUUCAUUUUGAGCAGAGUGAUGGUUCUUGUGAUGAUAAAGUAGCUGCAAGCUUGCCAGUAUUGAUUAUGGUGUUCUGGAGGAUGUUAUUAGCAAUAUAUAUUUUUUAAUUUAAAAAUGGACCACUGUAUAAUGUGUGUAUGUGAUUUUGUCAUAAGAGUAAUUUGGUCAUUUGAAUACAAUUUAUAACAUAUUUUGGUUGGUUAGCUGGUAUGCAUCAAACACUCUAGUAAGAGUUCAUCA